GAGCAUACUGCUUGAGGAUGUGCAACAAGUUUUCACUGUGCCAGAUUCAGCAAAACAUAUGGAGGACUAUACGUUGCCACAAGUGCCAGUUGAUAUAGCAGCACAGGUCAAGACUGUGAAAAAUGGAAAUGUUCCAGAAAUGCUCAGAAGAAGAAUAAUUGACUGGCUUACUUACGAUCUAUCAUUACGUGGAAUGUACCCAAAAAGGCUCUAUGCAACUGCAGCAAGAUGCCUUGUGGCAUUGUACCCACAGCUGAAAGACAGCUCAGACAGUGGCCAUUUUUCCUGGUUUCUAUCUUUGAAAAACAAAUUUAAGAAUCUUCGGAAACGGAUGCCACCCGGAUGUCCCGAAGUUGAUGCACAAAAGGCAAAAAGGGCACGGAAGCCUUUGGCUGAUGUUAGUAAUCAAGCAAACCAGCAGCCAUUCUGCCAUGAGACUGCUGUCGCACCUGUCUUUGAAAUGGAUGAAGUUUUUGUGACAGAGGCCAUAAAUUUCAUGAAGAAAGAGCUUUCAACUAGAAACCCAAAUAUGGAAAAGGUGAAAGAUGCCAUGGACAAAACGUGCAAGGCUAGAAGGAAAUGCCUAGAAGGGGAUAAAAUGAGUGUAAAGGAAUUCGUGGCAUUAUAUCCUGCAUUGACGCUUGAAAGAGAAAUGUCAGAGGAAUCGGUGCCCUCGUUCUGCUGCCAUUCCUUUUGAGUGAACGAGGAGAUGACAUUUUUGCCCCAUUGGUUGACGGAAGGACCCACACGUAUCCAACUCUUGUUUACUCUGGUAGAAGCAUCCUCUCUUCAGACGCUUUAACUGUAACAUUUGAAAAUGUUCAGAUUGAUGUCCUUGAUGUAACCGCUGGUAUGGCAUUAGUGUUCUCAAUGUAUUGGGCAUACAACAUUCAGUAUGUGCCA